GUUAGUAGAGAAGAUUAAUGCGACUUACCCAAAUACAUUUGAAGCUAGAGGAGCAAUGAAAUCAACUAGAUAAACACAUGCAAACCUAACCCAUUCAUUCACAACCUAUAAACUAGGGUUCAUCUUUCGUACACAACCAUUAUAGAUUCAAGUCAUAGAGAGAGAAAGAAAACACAAACUAGAAGAGAGGGAGCGAUGGAAUCAAUCUUCUUCUCCUUGCUUGCACCUUCUUCUUGCUGCCUGGGUGGAUUGGAUCUUUAAUUAAGCUCUUCCAAUGUGUUUCCCUCUUCAAAAACAACCAAAAACCCUAACUUUCUCACUCUAGGUCAGCUCUCUCUUGAAAAGUGCAGCAAGAGGGGUAUUUAUAGAAAGCUUAUGGCGGUCAAGGCCUCCAGGGCGAGACGCGAUGGUCACGGCUGUGACCUAGCCGUGACCAGCUGGAACGUCCCCAAAUCGCCCAAAGCGACACAUUUUGACUCUGUCUUUAAGCUCCGAGAUUGUGGCGUCCUUCAUAAGAUCGUGGUCGUGAUCUAUGUGUCCCGAGCACGAUUUUUCACGAUCAAAAUGCGCCAUUUCCGCUAUCCGACUGGGGAAAUUUUUUGCCUUCUUUUUUAUUGUCUACUGAAUUUCACGGCUACUGUGAACGACCGCUAUCUUCAACCCACGAACAUGGUCAUGCCCUGGUGGUCACGGCCUUGACUUGUGGUUGUGACCAGUGCCUCUUCUCCCCUUCUUCCUCCUAUGCUUCCCAAUCAUGAUCGGAUGAGCUCCAAUCGAUUCCCAUCUCGAAUGCAUAUAAGAUAUGAAAUUUCAUCACAAACACUUGGGAAAGCAUAAAAUACAACAUAUUAGGGUCGGUUCCCCUAUGAAAACCUUCAUAUCAAGAAUACCUAUGCCAAAUGGAUGUUUUGCAAAUAGGAACGAAAAUAGGCCUAAAUAACCUUAUAUGUGGCCUAGACACGGUGAUUUAACAUGAAAAUGCCUUGAGAAUAGGGGCUAAAUAAAACCUAUUUUAGGUGUUGACAAACUCCCCCACACUUAGGCGUUUGCUUGUCCCCAAGCAAACCUACUCAAACCAAUGCAACUUGAUAAACAAAUCAACGGGGGAUGCAGUCUAGUUCUUCAUUGCAUAAAGAAGAGUAAACGGAGACGAGAAAAUGUUACUAUCAUCUCAUUAUGAAAGCACAAACUCCGUGGUGAGGACCAUAUUUACUACCUUAGUAUGAACAUUAAAGGUGUGCGCCGAGGGACUUCUCAACAACCACUAAGUACAGGAACUCUAGAGGGUGCUCUUUAUUUUUUCUUUUGAUUUAAGAGUUUUCAUUUAUUGGUCUCUUAUUUUCACGUUGAUGCACAUUGCACCAAUCUUUUGCAAGCUUACUUGCAAGUAAGCAUCUCUCCCUCAUUACCUGAAACACCCUAACCCAGCCGGGUACUACUUUUCCACUGCAAUUUAUUAUUUGAGUAUUUUAUUUAUCAAGGGAAUUUUAGUAAAAUUAGUACCCGUCCGGGUUAGGGUGUUUCAUGACCAAGAGAGAAUGAAUCAUUGCCUUCCCUAUCAAGGUCACAUGUGGGGAAGUUGAUGGGCGGAUUCGUCUUAGCCCGAGCACCACUUCCCAGCCUGCACUACAAAUUGGGGUUCCACACAUGUUUUGGUGAUUGGAUAGCUUUACCGCAUCCCGAUCAUCUUUCACUACUUACCACCCCCAAGCAUCUUUCCUCCUCACGGAAUCGUAUGACAAGUUACAAAGUACCUUUUAGCGAUUCAAGAGACCUCAAGCACUAUGCUUUGUAGAAUUUUAGAGUUAAAAAUGAUGGGGAAUUCCGCUCACAUGUUCUUCCCGAAACAGUAAACAUUCUUGACUCACCAAAGAGGAAGAAGAGAGUAAAAUCUCUCAUACAUCGGUACUCUAAUCAUGAAACUACUCCCUAGCGAGCACACCAUACCAAUCAUCUAUUAAUUCAAAUCAUAUUGAGUAGGUAAAUGCAAAAGGAGCCAAGUUGGAGCCCUCAAAUUUGAAAAAAUUUGGGCAUGCAUACAGGGCUCCUAGUGGUCAAAUUAUGCUAAAUCAUCGGUCACAAUCACUCUAAAAGCACACUCUCUCCCAAUCAAGUUUUCAAACAUUUAUGGCAUAAGAGAGUAUAAUCGAUAAAAACUUUCCACACAAGCAUUCAUGCAUAACCCCCCAUACUUAAGGAACCCUUUGUCCUCAAUGUGAGAAUGGUAAGAGGAUAGGGGAACGAAGGUACCAAAAUGCUUAGACAAAGAGAUUGUGGGAGUGAAGGGUAGGGUGGGUGGGUUGAUCUCCUCCCAAAGUUGAGAAGUUCUCUUUUUUGGGCUCGGUCUCUCGAUCUCUAGGUGACACUCUUAGUUUUUGUUGAUGUUCUUGCUCAUGGUGUAGUGGUGCAUGAGACUCAAAUCGUUGGGUGGAGUUACAAGUGGUCCGGUCUCUCCAUUGAUUGGAAUUUUGAAGAUUUUACCACCUCCGGUGUUGGAAGGAUUUGAACUCUCUCCUCUUCAAAGGAUUAACCCUUAUAAAGGUUCCCACACACACAAAAAUGAUCCAUACCCAUCCUUUCCAAUUACAUUUCAUCAAUAAUUGAAGAAUUCAUUGAACACUUCUCUUCAUCCCUAGGAUCCAAUCUUAUACAACCCCACACUUGAUGGUUACUAUGCAAAACAAGGGUGCAAAAUGGAAGACAAUGUCGAAUUAAUUAGUUAACAAUCUUGAUUGAUUGGUUCUAUUGACAACAUGUCAUUCUAGGUGUAUUAAUGUUGUGGCCAAAGGCAAUAAACAACCUAGACGACUAAGGUAGGGGUAUGGACCGGUUGCUCAAAACUCAUAUCAAAGUGGUAAGCUUUGGUGAGCAAAGGGUCCAUACACCUUAUAUCAAUCGAUCAAGAUUCGAAACUACCCCUCAAACAUGCUACUAGGGGGCUAACAUCAGCAUUAAAGUUCAUUUGGCAUGCAUCAAAACAUUACAAGCACAAAUUAUGUGAUUUGGGCAUUCCAUCGAGCACUUGGUGGGAGACAAUCAAAACAUCUUGAAUCAUUCAAUUCAUACCCACCAAGGCCUCCAAACCAUAUACAUUCAUUCAUAAACAUGCAACACACAACAACACAUCAAUAUUUUAUCAUUUGCCCUUCACCUUAGUCCAUUGGAACUCUUCAAGUACUCAGUUUAGCUCGAGACCUUCUUGAAGUUGAGGUUUUCAUCGGUUAAGUGGAGUUUCAAGCCUUGAUCAGUCUCCCAAUCAUUCGGUGAAGGCUCUUGUAGAUGUAGUUGCUUGAGACACCUCCAAUGAAACCGCUCUUCAAAUCUUCUUUGUUUUACUUUGCCUCGAACCAAGUCAAGCUUUCUUGAAGGGUCAUCACCAGAUCCACCAAGAGAGAUUGAUGAUGCCUCGGCCUUGUCUUGGCAAAGAGAACCCGCAAAAGCUUAAGUAGUACGCGUAACUUGUGGAAGUUCCAUCCACUUCGACCUUGUCCAUUGGUUGGACUUCAAUCACAUCUUCAACCUCCUCUCCUUCUUGUGAAGAUUCUCCAUAUUGAGUACCAAGAUCUUACUCUUCUUCACUUUCUCCUUUCUUCCUCACAACCUCAUCAAUGCUCCCUGCUUUAGUUUUCUCUUCUUGAUGAUUAGGAGCAAUGAUGGUUUUACAAGCAAGUUCUUCCAUAGAUGGAUCUUCAAGGUCCACUUGCUUGUCCACCCUUGAGACUUCUUCCUCUUCUACCACUUCCUCUUUUGCUUCAUUCUUGAUGUCGAAGAGACACUCUUGAUUGAGUCUCGAGCAAAGUUGCUCAAAACUCUUCCGUUCUUCUCUAUCCUAUUGAGCAUCUCUUCUUGUUCUUUGAGGAAGUCUUGAGUAGAAGGGUCGGGACUUUCCUUGAUGCAAGAUGUCCCUACGGUCCCCACCUCUUGGAGCUAACGUUCCUCUCGUUCAAGAUCUUUAAUCCAAAAACAACCUCGAGGAAGGUUGGGAUCGCUAGCAUCUAGGCACUCCAUUGGUAUGUUGUAGCGCUCGAAUGCUAACUCUCCAAUGCUCUUUUGUGUAGGUGGUGGUGAAUGAUGAAGUGCACUCCCACUCCCGACCAUGAGUUUUUCUAACUCGAGCUCCAAGAGGCUCUUUGGUUCCGGGGUUUGGAGUCGAAUGAGUUAUCUCAAGGCCUUCUAGAUAUGACGUACUCACCUUAAGUCGCUCAAUGGCCAUCUCCAAAUCGAUCUUCAACAUAGGUUGUGAAUGUGGUUCUUGUUAUGAUGGUGGAGAUGCUUGGUAGUAAUCUUGGGGGUACCGUUGAUAGGCAUGGAGAGGUGGUUGUUCUUCAUACCUGGAUCCUAGGCUAUCACCACUAUUAGAAGCUUCAAGAUAACACCAAUUCGGUAGUUGGUGAUCUCCUUACUUCUCAUGCCAACCAUUUGGACCCAUAGCUACACAUAAACACUAUCUAUAUUCACAAAAACAAAAACCACCUAUGAAAGCACAAGUGUAAAAAGAAAAUAAAACAAAAAGUGACAAACACUUAACACAAGAUAACUAAAGGGAACAUAACAAAAGUCUUAUAUGAGAAAGAAAAUAUGACAUCACAAGCACAAAACACAAGAAAAAGGCACCAAAGACUUGAUGCUACACAAACACAAAACGCGAUAAAACAACGCCAAACUUGGCACAAAACACACUGACACAACAAAUAUUAAACUAGUAGUUCUCGGCUUUCAAUAACAACUUAAGAUUCCCCGACAACGGCGCAAAAAAUUUGAUCGCUUGAGCUUUAAAUUUAUAACUCGUUGCACACUCUUUAUUCAAUCUUAACUAAGCCAAGCAUGACCUAGCUAGGGUUCUAGUAAAUUAUCUCCUCUAAACCCAUGUUAGUCACUUCGAUUUAGGCUAUCGUAUCUGGGGCAUUAAGAACAAAGCUCAUUUCAGUGGGUACUACCCACCGUUCACACCGAGGUUUCAUCUCGUGUUCUUUCUAGGAAGGCAUUCCUAUGACAGGUUUACGGUCGCCUCGUCCAUCAUAAGAUCUUUAUCAUCAUCUAACCUAAUUUCCUUGAUGGCGCAUACCCAUCUAAUCCUAAAACUCCAUACCCAGCGUAGAAGCUCAAGUAAACUAGUAGAGAAGAUUAGGGCGACUUACCCAAACACAAUUGAAGCUAGAGAAGCAAUGAAAUCAAUUAGAUAAA